CGCAGAGCCAGGGCGGGGCUCUUCACCGGGUCCGGCAGCUGAAGCUCGGCUCUCGGGUUACCCCUGCAGCGACGCCCCCUGGUCCCGCCGCCGUCGCCACUGCCGCUCCCGCCCCUCAGCUCCUCGGCCGCGCCAUGGGCACCCGCGACGACGAGUACGACUACCUCUUUAAAGUUGUCCUUAUUGGAGAUUCUGGUGUUGGAAAGAGUAAUCUCCUGUCUCGAUUUACUCGGAAUGAGUUCAAUCUGGAAAGCAAGAGUACCAUUGGAGUAGAGUUUGCAACAAGAAGCAUCCAGGUUGAUGGGAAAACAAUAAAGGCACAGAUAUGGGACACGGCAGGGCAGGAGCGGUACAGGGCUAUAACAUCUGCAUACUAUCGUGGAGCAGUAGGUGCCUUAUUGGUUUAUGACAUUGCUAAGCAUCUCACAUAUGAAAAUGUAGAGCGAUGGCUGAAAGAACUGAGAGAUCAUGCUGAUAGCAACAUUGUUAUCAUGCUUGUGGGCAAUAAGAGUGAUUUACGCCAUCUCAGGGCAGUUCCUACAGAUGAAGCAAGAGCUUUUGCAGAGAAGAAUGGUUUGUCAUUCAUUGAGACAUCUGCUCUAGAUUCUACAAAUGUUGAAGCUGCUUUUCAGACAAUUCUAACAGAGAUAUACCGUAUUGUUUCUCAGAAGCAAAUGUCAGACAGACGUGAAAAUGACAUGUCUCCAAGCAACAAUGUGGUUCCUAUUCAUGUUCCACCUACCACUGAAAACAAGCCAAAGGUGCAGUGCUGUCAGAACAUCUAAGGCGUCUCUCUUCCCCUAGAAGGCUGUGUAUAGUCCAUUUCCCAGGUCUGAGAUUUAAAUAUAUUUGUAAUUCUUGUGGUCACUUUCUGUGUUUUAUUACUUCCUCACACUUAAGAAUCUUCUCAUGUCUUAAGUCUUUUAAUUUUGGCUUUAUAAAAUCAUCAACUUUGUCCUGAAUGACUGCAGUUCUUUUUCAUGCUAUGGCUUCUGUAGCCUUAGUUUAAUAAACUGAAUGUUUGAAUUCCUCAUUAUUGUUUACUCUUCAUCAUGGAAGCCUGUCACUGUAGAACAUAAUAGAACUUGAUCACUUGAAGCUCAGACCUAUUGGUCCUGAUUGAAUCUAAGACAACCUUAGAAAUAAGCUAUUAUUUUGCCACAGAGCAGCUUGUAAGACACUCUUCUCAAUGCAGUACAUAUUUGACAGACCUAAGCAUUGCCCUAUAAGCAUAACAGCAUUUUGAGAGCUUGAAGAUUUUCCAUCGUGAAAGUCAAUUUCUAAAAUGCCUUAAUAGGUCUAUGUUGUAAAUUUUUUUCUUUAGUUUUUGUAAGCAUCCAAGACGAUGGGGAUUCUUUUUUUCUGGAAAAGAAUUAUCUUAAUAAACACAAAGGACUAUUUUAUUUUGUGUAGGGCAUCAUGGUUAUGGGGUCGCAAGUUAACCUGCUGCCUGGCAGGCUAGUGGACUUCUGUCUGAGAUGUCUUUGUUGCAGUGAUUGGCAGCCUGAGUAGCUUAACCAGUCUCAUUUCCCAGAAGUAGAAUGUCUGGUGUUUUUAUUGCUCAUGCAGUAACUAGCUUAAUGCUAGUAAUACCAUAUUUUGAAGUGUGAAUUUUGUGUUUAAACCCUUCUAGUAAGUGAAAUGCAGCCUAAUUUUAUCACUGUAUUCACUAACAAGCAUGGGCAAUUAUUUUAACAAUGCUUUUGAGUUCUACAGUGUAUUAUAGAAUAUAGUUCAGUUAAACCUUUGGUUUUAGUAUGUCUAAAGAAUACAGUGAGAGGUUAAUUUAUGCUCAAGUGGUACCAAUUAAAGGCAUGUGUUCUUUUAGUAUGAAAAUGAAAUAGUACCUUGAAUUUAAGUAGAAUGCACUUAGGCAUUGUAGGUAGAGUUCUGAAAUAGGUUUUUCCACUACAUAAUUGAAAUUAAUGGAGCAGCUAGUUUCUCAUUCAGAAAUGUACACACUAAUACUUAGUUUUACUUCCUUGUGGAUAAUAUUAAGCACUUACUCUGCAGUUUUCUGAAAGUUAACUGCAAAGAUAUUGUUCAGGAUGGUGGGAUACCUGCAAAAAAAAAUGUGUGGGCUUGCAUAGAUGACUAUGUUUCAUGGUUAAUCUGGUUUUUGCAGUGCUCAUGAUGUGUGGGGAGCACAGAAGGCAUUGCUGUAGUCAGUCAUUUUGUUUUUCUUUUGUAGCUGUUUGUUAUUUUAGUGUAUUGAUUAUAAAGAUGUUGUCUAUUUAUAAAUUGCUACUUUGUAUUUUAUGCAUGCUCUGUAAUUUGAUUUUUUUUCUUUUUUUAGUUAUUGAUUUGGAGUAUAUUCUCAUCCUAAUAAACAGUUAUAGGGGGACUAUUC